AGAAUGAAUUAAAUUUUGCGACCUAUCUGCUUUAUUCUCGGAGGGAUAUGUUAUGUUCUCUUCGGAAAGUAGUCCCGGUAAACGUGGAGGAAUCACCUUGAGCCGGUGGCCGUGUUCUCAGCGCAUCAGUCUCCGCAGUCGUUCAUCGCGACAAGGACGUUUCCAGCUGACACCGCUCCCAUCAUGCCCCAAUCCAAGACUCAAGACAUGGGCUCUGCCUUCAUCCAGACCCAGCAGCUGAACGCUGCGAUGGCCGACACCUUCCUGGAGCACAUGUGCCUGCUGGACAUCGACUCCGAGCCCACCGUCGCCCGCAACACCGGCAUCAUCUGCACCAUCGGACCGGCUUCUCGCUCCGUUGAAACCCUGCAGGAGAUGAUCAAGGCCGGAAUGAACAUUGCCCGUAUGAACUUCUCUCACGGCACUCACGAGUACCAUGCCGAGACCAUCAAGAACGUGCGUGAGGCUACUGAGAGCUUUCAGCCCGGCAGCAUCCACUACAGACCUGUGGCCAUUGCCCUGGACACUAAGGGCCCAGAGAUCAGGACUGGACUCAUCAAGGGAAGUGGCACUGCUGAGGUCGAGCUGAUGAAGGGGGAAAUGAUCAAGCUCACCCUGGACGAUGACUACAUGGACAACUGCGAUGAGACCACUCUGUGGCUGGACUACAAGAACAUCACCAAAGUGGUCCAGGUCGGAAGCCACAUCUACAUUGACGAUGGUCUGAUGUCGCUCAGGGUCAGGGAGAUCGGCUCCAACUUCCUGGACUGCGAGAUCGAGAACGGCGGCUUGCUCGGGAGCAAGAAGGGCGUGAACCUCCCCGGGGCGGCCGUGGACCUGCCCGCCGUGUCCGAGAAGGACAUGCAGGACCUGCUGUUCGGCGUGGAGCAGGGCGUGGACAUGGUGUUUGCCUCCUUCAUCCGCAAGGCCUCCGACGUGCAUGCCGUCCGGAAGGUUCUGGGAGACAAGGGCAAGGACAUCAAGAUCAUCAGCAAGCUGGAAAACCACGAGGGCGUGCGCAGGUUCGAUGAGAUCAUGGAGGCCAGCGACGGCAUCAUGGUGGCCCGUGGAGACCUGGGUAUCGAGAUCCCCACAGAGAAGGUCUUCCUGGCCCAGAAGAUGAUGACUGGCCGCUGCAACAGGGCCGGCAAGCCAAUCACCUGCGCCACUCAGAUGUUGGAGAGCAUGAUCAAGAAGCCCCGCCCGACCCGCGCGGAGGGCAGCGACGUGGCCAACGCUGUGCUGGACGGAGCCGACUGCAUCAUGUUGAGCGGGGAGACCGCCAAGGGAGACUACCCUCUGGAGGCCGUGAGGACACAGCACAUGAUCGCCAGGGAAGCGGAGGCCGCCAUGUUCCACAGGCAGCUGUUCGAGGAGCUCCGCCGCACCACCCACCUGACCCGCGACCCCUCCGAGGCCGUGGCCAUCGGCGCCGUGGAGUCCUCCUUCAAGUGCUGCGCCAGCGCCAUCAUUGUGCUCACCAAGACCGGCAGGUCAGCUCACCUGCUGUCCAAGUACAGGCCCCGCGCCCCCAUCAUUGCCGUCACCCGUAACGAGCAGACGGCCAGGCAGAGCCACCUGUACCGCGGAAUCUUCCCCGUGCUGUACAACAAGCCCGCCCACGACGUCUGGGCCGAGGAUGUCGACCUCCGCGUCAACUUCGCCAUGGAGAUGGGCAAGGCUCGUAAGUUCUUCAAGUCUGGCGAUGUGGUCAUCGUCCUGACCGGCUGGCGCCCCGGUUCCGGUUACACCAACACCAUGCGCGUCGUCCUUGUGCCUUGAAGCCCCCCAGAGGACUCUGCCAACCCCCCUCCCUCUCCCUCUCCCUCUCCCUCUCUCCCCCCCUGACAGCAGUGCUCCCCCUCACCGCUGUGGCCAUCUGACACACACCCAACCGCUCAGACCAUCCAAACAAAGCCACACAAGGCCCCCUCCAGAGGGCCUUCCCCACUGAACAGAAACUGUCCACACUCCAGAAUGCCUCAUGUAGGUGUCUUCUCUGCUGUACGCCAGUCUCCAGGGCUUCUCUGUACCCACUGCCAGGAACUGUAUUUAUUCUCUGUAAACGAGCCCCACAGUGAACCAGUCUUCACCCCCGCCUGCUCUGUUUGAAGAGGGCUGCAGGCCUUAGAGAGGGAGAGCGUGUUGCUCACACCACGCCUCGCUCAUCCGGAAGCUUCUGAAAGGAAACCCCCUCUUAACGAAUAUUCAGCGUGUAUUCAGCCCUGCUGUUGAACAGAGCAGUACGCGUGCUGCAGUUGCUUUGCCUGUGUGCUCUGUACUGUACCAACGUCACUCUCUGCUGUAUUUUAAUGUUGCACUUGCAAAUCGCUGUCAACAGUGUUACGUUAUGUAUGAUACUUGACUUUCGUGAAUGGUGGAUUUGUAUGAUGGGCGGUCAAUAUGGCUUUAUAUGUAUGUAUUUUUCUUUUUUUUUACUCAGGAGAAACAGUCACUAUUGGAAGCCCAUGAUGAAAUUGACCAUGAUCAUUUUUCUAUCUGUAUAGCUGGGGAAAGUAAAAAGUAAAUUAGCUCAAUUUUCUAAGAUGUUACAUGGUGCACUGAAAAUGGAUGUUUUUUAUUUCUUUUCCCCAGCCCCCUUCUCUUUCUUUCACUGUUUAUUGGUUCCGCUCUCCCUCCUUCUUCAAGCUCACUUCCGUUCUUCCGGCUGUUCUUCCUCUCCCACCCGUUUCUCUAACCGUGAUUGGUUUAAAGGUCUGAUAAUCGCGGACAGGAAAUGGGCUGUACAUACGUGGUGUACCGGGUGUUCCUGAAUGACUGGCUUUCCAUCAAUAAACGAGAUGAGCACCUGA